GGAACAGGCGUUUUGUGACACUGCUGCUGCGAACUUAGACCUCUUUUCUAUUGUGUCAUUUGUGCUGAAGAAGUCCGAGAUAAUGACUCUCCGUGUGUUAGAAAUAAUCUUUUUCUUCUACUUUGCCUCUCACAUUCCCAUCACCUUAUUUAUUGACCUCCAGGCGCUGCUGCCUGGACAUGUGUAUCCACAGCCGCUCAGAGACUUGCUGAGGUGGUACGCAGAGGACUUCAGAGACCCCAUGGUGCUGGACCCUCCUCACUGGUUCAAGUCCUUUAUUUACUGCGAGGCUUUGCUUCAAACUCCGUUCUUCCCCAUCGCAGCUUACGCUUUUCUGAAAGGCGGCUGUAAGUGGAUCCGGACUCCUGCCAUUAUAUAUUCUACACAUGUGGCCACCACGCUGAUCCCAAUCUUAGCCCACAUCCUCUUCUACCAGUUCCCUGAGAAACCCCACCCUGGUCCCCAAACUCAGCAGCAGCGCUGGAUGCUGGUCUCCAUAUAUGCUCCGUACCUUGUGGUGCCUGUGCUGCUGCUCCUCACCAUGCUGCUGUCCUCAACGUACAACUCACCUUCCAAGCCUGGAAGCAUGUCAGCCAAAGCCAAGAAGAAAAAGUGAAGCAUUACCACACUACUGAUGUCUAAGUAAUUCUGAUUUUCUACAUUUCUGAAUGAAGCAGUUGAAUGUGGCAAUUAUGUUUAUGCAAGAGGCUGUACAACCUCACAACUCAUUAUCAGGGAAAAACUGCCAUUGUUAAACCAGAAUGAGCACUUUUAAUGUUUUUGGUUUAAAUUAAAUCCCUGUUUCUUAAAUGUGUUUUACCACUGCUGUGUAUUACAGUUUUUCUCAGUCGCUUUGGUACAUUUCUCAGAUCAGAAUUGAAAUUCUCAAAACUACUUGUUCAAUCUUCACAUCAUUGUGUCACUUGUGCACAUCAAAAAAGCCCUUUCUCAUUUCUUUGAACAUGUUGCAAAUGCUUUGGUCCAUCCAUGCAAAUUAUUAUGUGCAAUUCUCUGCUGUUUCCUACAUUAUCAAUUGCUUGUGUCACAUGUUGAUCAAAAUGUAUUGUAAUGGGUCUCUGUUGAAUAGUGUCACCCCCACAACAUUUAGGCAUUAGUUCAUCACGUAAGUCUUUACAUGCAAAAUGGUUGAACAAGUUGUCAUAAUAUGUCAAGGAUAUUUCUAUACAUUUCCAUUAGGCUUUUUUUCUAAAUCUGUCCUGAAUUGGUAAAUUGCUCCCAGGUGAAUCUUGACUUUCUCUAAUGAAGGGAAAUGUGUGAAGGGUUCGGGUUUUCUGAAAUCGCUCAAAGACACAAGAGAAGAUAUUUAUGAUGUGGAUGAGAAUUUGUGGCCCAACAGACAGGAAUGUCAGGAGGUGUAGGAAGACUGCACUGUAAUUCCUACAGCACUGCAUGUACAGUUUUCCCUAAGGAGAUUGUUCUAUGUUCACAUUUCUACUUUUGUUUUUUGUUUUUUUUCGUGGUUCUAUGCAGCGCUGUUUUCCUUUCUGUUUCACAAUGACAUGGUCUGUCAACAACUUACAAUACAAACAGUAAAAGCGUAAAUGUGAA